UGGUAAACUACGAAUUCUUGGUCCUCCGACACCGAUCAACCGUGGUCUGCAUGCAAGCCUGUCCUCCAACAGUCUUAUAUCUCCCUGCGUCUUAUUUUGGAUUGCAGCUCACUUCUCAUUGAUUGCCUUAUAGCUGUGUCGCCCUCUUGCCAUUGAUAUUUGCAUCACUUCCGUCGUUUAAGUAACUUACGUCCUCGAUAGCCGAAACUUGCCUAGUAUGUCCGCCGACGAAGUGACGCUUCGUACGAAAGGCAACGUUGCCAUAAUCACGAUCAAUAAGCCCCGCAAGCUCAAUGCCAUGACCUCAGCGGACUACUUUAAGAUCGCCUGUCUUCUACAUGAAGUUGCUUCUAUGGACGAUAUCACCAUCACCAUUCUUAUCGGCAAGGGCCGGUUUUUCUCGGCAGGCGCCGAUGUCUCUGUGCCUCGCAAAGUUCCCGCCGAGAACAGCAAAGAAGAUGCGCGAGCUGGCAUACUUUACACUGGUGUUGCCAAUAACCUUCACAUCACUCAGGCAUUUUACUCGCAUCCCAAGAUCCUGGUUGCUGCUCUAAACGGCCCCUGUGUCGGCCUCUCAGCCGCCAUCGCUGCUCACGCCGAUUUCGUGUAUGCCGCCCCGCAUACCUUUCUUCUAACUCCGUUUUCAUCGUUGGGCCUCGUAAGCGAGGGAUUGGCGGCGCAGACUUUCGUGCAGCGAAUGGGUCUCAGCAAGGCGAAUGAGGCGCUGAUCCAGAGCAAGAGGAUCACGUGUGAGGAGCUGGUGCACACGGGUUUCGUCAACAAGGUGCUCGACGGAGCUGGCGACCCCAAAGCGCCUGGCUACUCGGAAAAAUUUCUUGCAGAGGUGCUCAAGGAGGUAGACGAUCGCAUGGGUGACCAUCUGAGCCAUUCGAGCAUGCUCGAAAUCAAGAAGCAGAUUAAAGCGCCUUUCAUGCAGACAUACAAUGCCCAAGGUUCCAAGGAGGUUUUUGGACUGUUGGACCGCUUCCUUUCGGGUGUUCCGCAGAAAGAGUUCGCAAAGGUUGCAAGCGGGCAGAAGAAACAUAAAUUGUGAGGAGAGGCAUAUCAGUCCACGGGAGGCACCACACACAUAAACUACAGCCAGCAACCACAUUGUCUUAAAGCCAAACCAUGAGCACGAGGGACCUUGAAUGUCACGAAGUUCGAUAUACGCAUGUGCAAUUCUUUAUUUGCCAAGAGUGACAUGUUCUUGACUUGGCUUUGCUCGAAUCGACGUGAUGCGUAAGGCGGAUAGUUUAACAAACGAGAACAAAGUCUGGCACCCUGACUCACGCCUAUUCGUGAACUGAAAAGCAUUGCGAGUGUAUAAUUGUACAAAUGGGAUUUACUAAGGCCAAUAUGAUGUGACUCGUACAGUGAGCGCUGGAUGACGGCACUUGACACAAUCGAUCGUUAAGCAAUGCAUUCCGCAUGGCAUUAGAGAGCGAUGUCUAUGAAUGCGGAGCAAAAGCUGGAUCUACUUCAAAGUG